AUGGUUCGCAACAUUGUCGUCCUUGGGGGCAACUCCCACCCUCAGCUCAUUCAAACCGUUUCCGACAUACUCGGGGUCAGCCCCUGCAAUCGCAUCCUCAAGAAAUUUUCGGUCGGAGAAAGCCGCUUGGAGAUUCAAGAUUCCGUACGCGGCAAGGACGUCUACAUAAUCCAAUCUGGAGGUGGGAAGGUAAACGAUAACUUCAUCGAUCUGUGCAUUAUGAUAUCUGCAUGCAAAACCGGAUCCGCGAAGCGCGUCACAGCAGUUCUACCUCUUUUCCCGUACUCUCGACAACCGGAUGUACCUUACAACAAGGCUGGAGCUCCCCUGUCCAAAGCUCCCACCGAUGUCAACAGAAACGAUUUUACUUUCGAGAGUCGACCACCAACACCAGGCCCUGGCCAUCCACAAAGUCAAGGCCUUGCUAAUGGCAAUGGCUCCGAGGCACUACAUAAGAAGUUGGCGAAGACCUCAAUGGACCAACAGAACGGACACACCUACACCAAUGGAAUAACCCCCAGACGAUCGGAUACGACUGAUUCCCUUCAGUCACUGACAAAUGGUCGAGAGCGUGAUGGGUCUACAAGCUCGCAAAACGGGUAUAGCUCUGGUCAACCGACUUUCACAACUCAUGACUAUGAGAAUCAAGCAAUGGUUGCCAGGAACAUGUUCAAUCCCAAGCCAGGAUACAAACAAUGGGUUGCACAGGCUGGAACGCUUGUUGCCGAUCUUUUGACCUGUGCUGGGGCAGACCACAUCAUCACCAUGGAUCUCCAUGAUCCUCAAUAUCAAGGAUAUUUCGACAUUCCAGUGGACAAUCUAUACGGCAAAAGCAUUUUGAAGAGAUAUAUUCAGGUUAAUAUUCCCAAUUUCAGAGAUGCGGUCAUUGUGAGUCCCGACGCCGGAGGCGCAAAGCGAGCGACCGCAAUCGCAGAUGAUCUCAAUGUUGAGUUUGCAUUGAUCCAUAAGGAACGUCGACCUACUCGUAUCACCGACCGCCAAAAUGCUACCAUGAUGCUGGUGGGAAAUGUCGCAAACCGUGUUUGCAUUCUCGUGGAUGAUUUGGCCGAUACAUCAAACACAAUUACCAGGGCCGCUAAGCUGCUGAAAAAAGAGGGCGCGACACACGUCUAUGCUUUGCUCACCCACGGCAUAUUCAGUGGAGAUGCUAUCGCCCGAAUCAAUGCCUCUGCUCUCGACAAAGUUGUUGUGACUAAUAGCGUACCACAAGAGGAGCACCUUCGCUUGUGCCCCAAGCUGGAAGUUUUGGAGGUUGGUAGUGUCUUUGCUGAGGCGAUCCGCCGAGUCCAUCAUGGAGAAUCUAUCAGCGCCCUCUUUUGGGACUAG